AUGCAGACCAGCCGCCGAUGCUUUUUGCAAUGGGGACAUGCAGUCGCGGCAGGCACCGCUGUGCCGCCACGACGACGAAGACAGUUUGUCAUGAAGGAGGGGCAGAAGCCACGCCCGGGCGGCAGUGACAGGCCACCUUUCCAGCAGCAAUCAAGCCAUGGCUCCGCCGCGUCGUUUCGUCCCCCGGGCGGCCUCACACAUGAGCUUUCGCAGCGCGAGCAGCACCGACUACAGCAGGAGCAGGAGGAGGCGGACAUGUGUCGCCGUGGUGUGCCCGGGGAGUGGCUUUCGCCAGUGCCAAGGCGUUAUGGCCUGUAUGACGGCAUCGACGAACACGGCUACGAGGCGGCACGGGUGUCCAAGGAGGACCGGCGGAAAAUGCUGCAGGCGGCGCUAGAGCGAGACGCUGCAUCUGUGGUGGAAUUUACCGACGGCGGCGAGGAGGAUGUUGACUUGGGGGGAAUGUCUGCAGGCGAGUAUCACGGACAAACGGGGUCGAUGACAAUUCCACGAGAUUCCGCUCUCUAUAACGCUGUAUUAGCCCGAGAGGAGCUUGAUUCGCGGAAGCGAAACAACUCCUGGACGCUGGCACGACGGCGGCAGCAUCAAGGCGGGGGGCGAGAGGUCGUGGGGAAGGCAAAUGACACCUUGACAACUCAGAAGGAUGGAGCUGGAGUUAUUGACGACAAACGAAGGCAGCGUAAGCAGGACGAGGGCUCCUACACCAGCGUGUUUGAUGAAAACCUGCUGGAGCCCAACUAUGAGAGCAUCGGUCAGCCCCGUUCGACCUACGGCAUGCGAAAGAUGUUCGUGGCUGGCCUUACCAGCUAUCAAGGUGUUAUCACACGCGAGGAUGAGGCGUGUAUUUCCGACGAGUUAUUGCAUUUGCUUCAAGACGCCCGCGCUGCAUACAUCGCCGAGGAAUCGCGUUAUUGCGUCAACCUCUAUGAGAAGGAGUUGGGGAUACCCGGAAAGGACACCCUGGCUUUUGCGAUAAGCCGUGCCCCGUCCUUGCAGCGGGUGCUGGGGCAAUUCUUCCACCUUGGCCUUAUCCCCAGCAUACCCAACAUUUGCCAGGUUAGUGAGAUGAUUGGAAAUUUUUCCGGGUACCCAAUUCACAAAAAGCCGGCGGCAAUUGGCCCGUAUGUGGGCAUAUUAAAUCUUGUUUCCACAACAGUCAUGCAUCUGCAGCACUUGGACAGCCCUUGGUUUCCUCGACUCUACAUGAGCCCGCGAAGUCUUGCCGUAGUGGAGCAGCCCUGCCUUGGGGAGUACAAGAUGGGGUAUAAGUGGACUCAUCAACCGUUCCACACCUUUGAGUACGGCACACGCGUCUCGAAGGACUACCGUAUUGAAGUGAUGUUCGCCACUGUGGAGGCGGCGCAGAUGCGGUACCUGAACGAUGCAGUUGGACUGACUGAGUACGCGGAGAAGCAGCAAAAGGAGGAGGGGGCUGCGGAAAACCGGGCAUUGUUGUCAUCAUCAUCAUUAAUAUCGCCAUCAUCGGGCACAGUGAGUGGAGCGGCAGAGGCAUUCUGCGGAUCAGCUGACAAGUGGAUUGAGCGACUGAACCACCAGCUUCACGCCUCUGAGGGAGGCGCGGGGACGGUCAGUAAGGGCGCCGCCAUCGAUGGAAAGACCCUUCGGGAACAGCUCUUGGCCACGGGCUCUAUCGGCGCGAAGGCGCGAACACUUGCGACGUCUGCGGAAGUUGCAGCCAGCACGGACGACUCAAAACGGCAGGGAAAAGAGAACGCAAGCCCCACGCAGCGUCGUAUGGCGGCGCUGAAGGCGCGUUACGAGUUUGCCAAGCGGCUAAAGGAGUCCAAGCCGCAGGUGGUUUCUGGAGGUUUGCAUCUGAUGGAGGGGCACGCGCCACGGAAGCGUGAUUCCUCCUGA